AUGAGCCAACUGCUUCAAGCAUCAGCUGAACAAGGAAAUACGGACGAUAGCCUCAGCGAAGAGUUAAAUGGCAACCUCUUCCUCUUCACAGCAGCGGGCUUUGAAACAACAGCAAACAUUAUCUCCUACGCGAUAAUUCUGCUUGUCCGAUAUCCCAAAUGGCAGGAGUGGCUCUUUGAAGAGGUCGACAACCUAAUGCCCACAGACGUGCGAGAAGACAUAGAGUAUACUUCCGUUCUUCCUCGAGUGACGCGCAUCAUGGCGGUUAUAUUCGAAACACUGCGACUAUACUCACCUAUUAUCCGCAUGCUGAGGACAAAUGACGCACCACAAGAGUUGAAGACAUCCAAGGGCGUGAUUUACCUCCCAGCCAACUCUGACGUGACUAUUAACAUUAUUGCACUACAUCUUGAUCCAGAAGUGUGGCCCAAUAUCAACCGGUGUUCUGACCCAUCAUGGGUCGCGGACGAUGAUCAAGUACCCUCUGACGAAUCCGCCUUCCGGCCUUCUCGCUGGGUCAAUCCUGACACGACUCCGCGACGGCUAUACCAACCGCUGAAAGGAUAUUUCCUUCCGUCGAGCUAUGGCCCUCGCGUUUGUCCGGGGCGAAAGAUGGCGCAGGUUGAGUUUGUGGCGGUCAUACUCAAACUCUUACAGUAUCACCGUAUAGAUGCCGUUCCACUUGCUGGGGAGCAACGGAAGGAUGUUGAGCGGAGGCUGGAUAAAGUGAUGAGCAGUUGUAUUCCUAAGAUGACGUUAGUUAUGGAGGGUAUAUAUGAUGCGGGAAAGACCGGAGGUGUGCCGGUGCGAUUGACUAGGCGGAAAUAA